UGUGUACGCAAUUGUUCUUCCUGUCAUUAGUGUCAUUCCUCCUGUCAUUUUAUACUUUUGGUAAAUUUUCCGAAAAAGUGAUUGAAACAUGUCGAAUUUUGGGGACGCAUUCGAUCAGCCUGAGGUGGACCCCGCAGCCGAGUUUUUGGCUCGCGAGCAGGACGAUUUGGCGGGUCUUGAAGACGAAGUAAAACCAGCUGCUAUUUCAGCACCGGUUGUUAACGGUGAUGAUCCAACCAAUUCUGCGAGCAGUUUUGAAAUGGUCGAAGGUUUUGAAGAUGGAACGUCAAUUAAAAGAGAAGAAUUCGAUGAUGCCCAUCUCAAGGCUGAAAACGAUAAAUUAAGGGGUGUGUCACCAUCUCCACCGCCCUUAAAUCGGGAAGUGAGGGAGGAGCCCGAGAAAAUAAAAAAAUGGAGGGAAGAGCAAAUCAAACGUUUGGAAGAAAAAGAUGCGGAGGAAGAAAAAAAGAAGCUGGAACUGCGUGAAAUUGCGCGAAAGGAAUUAGAGGAAUGGUACAAGAACCAUGAGGAAGCUAUUGCGAAAACUAAAGCUGCAAACAGGGAUGCAGCAAAGAAUGCGGAAAAGCAGUUUGUCGCUGAAGAUGAUGAAAUCGUGCCAGGGACAGAGUGGGAACGGAUCGCAAAACUGUGCGAUUUCAAUCCCAAAGCAAAACAAGGAAGUAAGGAUGUUUCACGUAUGCGCUCUAUUGUUUUACAGCUUAAACAGUCACCGAUCCCCAUUAAUAAUAAGGCUUAGGUCUCGUAAAUUAUCUUUAUACAUAUAUAUUUAGUCUAAAACGCGUUAAAUAAAAGGAUGUAGAUUUCAUUUUUGUAUUUAUGUAUCUAGUUAUUCAAAUAAUUACAAGUAUAAGAAAUAAAUGUUUAAAAGGG